AUGUGCACUACGUACUUCUCCACCUAUAUCAACUGCCAUCAUCGUCCUCUCCGACGAACGAGGUGUGCCCUAUAUACACAAGAUCAUCGAACCUGUACUGGUAAAGUCGAAGUGCAUACUGAAGGAGGUCUUAUCUGUCCAGCAUGUUUCGAUAAGAUUGUCUGGGUUCGAUCCAACGGUGAAUGGGAGACGGUAGAACCACCAGACGGUGAUCUAGCAAAAGAUGACUGGGAACAGGUCGAGAGAGUUGGUUAUGAUUGGAAAGAAGAUAACAAAUCCAGGGAUAUGAAGGUUGGUGUCAAGGGCAACAGCCGCGAUGCACUCGUCAUGAAAGAAGGCACGAAACAAGCAAAUGAUAGGGUGGAUCUGUAG